UGAUUUCGCAAGAAAACCCUACAGAACUUGGUAGUCUAGAACGUAAAAGCUUCUUACAAGUUCACGUCGCUGUGAAAGAGGCUUUGGCACGUCUCCUCAUUGGGCUGUCAGUGUCACCUAGAACAAGUAUAACAUGUGUAAAUGUAUUGUUUAUAAAUAUCAUCAUUACGCAGUUUUUCGGUGGGCUAACGGCUAACGCUGUAAAAGCUUCAUUCCAUGAUGACCCACGAGUUUACAACCAAUUUCUUGAUAUAAUGAAAGAUUUCAAGAGCAGAAAUAUUGAUACCCAAGGUGUUAUUACCAGAGUAACAAUACUAUUUCGAGAUCAUCCGGCAUUGGUUCAAGAUUUCAAUACCUUCUUACCACCUGGCUAUCAAAUUGUAUACCUAAUGGAUAAAGAAGAUGACCCGGAUUCAGUUAAAGUUGUUACACCUUAUGGUGAUAGAUUCGUUUAUGUUGGUGAUAAACGUAGGGAUGAAGAUGGAUGUCACAUGGAUCAUUGGUAA